AUGCGUUUAAGAAGGAACUCCAAAAGAGUGUUGACUGUGAUUUCUGCAAUCAUCGUUUCCACAACCUUGAAUCACGAUAUCGAUAUCGUGAUCAACGGUUAUCUGCGAAGCGGGUCCAGUUUCCUUGGUGAGUUGCUAGGAUACCGCGACGACACUUUCUACUGGUACGAGCCCCUAUGGAAUUUCAACAGCGGGGUUUUCUAUUGGGGCCCGGAUAGGGUCUGUCCCCACGGCCCGCAUGAGGAACUCUGUGGAGAGUCCGAGGCGUUACGGGUGAAGGACAGGCAAUGUGUCGCCCGGAACAUGCAAGACGUCCUGAUCAACAUAUACAUGUGUAACUUCAGCUCGCUAGGGCCAGCUGUCGCCGAAACGAUGACACCAGAGUACUCAGGCGGCAGUUGGGAUCCUUUUGUUGCGUGCCGUGAGAACACUGAGUCAACCGUUUCGGAAUGUCUUUUGGAGCUGGAAAAGGAUUGUAUCGCGUCCAAGCACCUGGCGACCAAAGUUGUCCGCCUGACACUUGACAGCUACGCGAGGGUCCUUGAGCAUCUUCCUAACCUGAGACUGGUGCACCUGUUCCGUGACCCCCGAGCUGUGAUCAACUCGCGCCAGACGACCACCUGGUAUCACCUGCAUAAUGAAAAAUCCACUGUACAGGACGCCAGAGAGCUCUGCAACCGCAUGCUAUACGAUAUCGAAUACAGUGCCAACCUUACCGAGACAUUCCCUGACAGAUUUUUGACAGUUAUGUUUGAAGAUUUACGGGAAAAUCUUCCAGAGAAAAGUAAAAUACUGUAUCAAUAUUUUGGACUAAGCACAGAUGGUCUAGAAGAUAAACUUGCUUCUAUGUCGCCAAUUAAGCAGAAUGAAAAAACCAUUAUGGCGGAGGAUGGUGACUACAGCGAAUGGUGGAGGAAACGGCUGCCCUUUAGUACCGUUGAACUUGUCCAGGAUGCGUGCGCAGAUGUGAUGGAUGUUUUAGGGUACAGACAUUUUAGUUCAGAAAGUGAACAACUCAAUAUGGAUAUCAGUGCCUUCAAAUUUAGUGCUGAGUUGACACUUCAAAUGGAAACUGUUUUAAAUACUUUUAGAGGUAAAGACCCCGCAACCUGA